UUUACGUAGGAGGAAGUCGAAGAAUGUCGUUGUUGAUCUUUAUACGCCUACUAAUAAAUGUGAAUGAAAAUGCGAAGCAUAUGCUGUUAUAACAUAGUUCAUGUAAAUUAAAUGUUGCCGUCUCAGUGGUUCGUGCUUUCUACAAGAUGGCCAUGGCAUCUUCGGACUACAGUCGUAGCACCCCCGACGGUAACGUUACAGAGAAAGAUAAACUGCUAAGCCCCGUAGUGAGCUAUGGCUCAAGUGAGUGCAAGGGAUGUGCUCAGACUGACCGUAGACCAGCUGACCUCGAGGGGUCGCUGCUGCAGCAACAGCUUGAACAUGAGGAAGAAGAGCUUCGAAGAAAGAUGAAGUACUUCUUCAUGAGUCCGUGUGACAAAUACCAUGCCAAGGGCCGUAAACCAUACAAGCUGCUCCUGCAGAUCCUCAAGAUCGUCAUUGUCACUGUGCAGCUGGUGAUGUUUGGUCUGAGUAAUCAGAUGGUGGUGAACUUUAAGGAUGAGAACACAGAAGCUUUCAGGUACCUCUUCCUGAAAGACUACCAGGAUGACCCUGACUCCACUCUGGCAGUGUACACCCAGAGUGAUGUCUACAGCCACAUCCAUUAUGCCAUAGACCAGUACCUGGCUUUGGCAGACACCUCCAUUGGCUGCUAUGCGUAUGUGCCAGGUGUGGGUGUGAAUGGCAGUGCCCUAACCCUUUGUCAGCACUACUACAAGAAGGGACACAUCAAUCCUGUCAAUGACACAUUUGAUAUUGAUCCACGAAUUGUGACUGACUGCAUAGGAGUGGACCCCCCUCCAGAGCCCACUGCUCCACUUACUGAUGACUAUAAAAACUUCACCCUUCAAUUUCACAAGCUGAUUAAUGUAACCAUGAACUUCCAGCUAAAGGCCAUCAACCUGCAAACUAUAAUAAACAACGAGAUCCCAGACUGCUACACCUUCCGCAUCAUGAUCCUGCUGGACAACCAUGCUCAUAGUGGGAGGGUCAAGAUUAGCCUCGAGAACCAGGCCUCCAUCCAGGAAUGUCGGGAUCCAAAUGUCUCUGGACAGGCGGAUAGCAACGCGCGCGUGGUGUUUGAUGUGACUGUUGCGGUCGUGUGUUUGCUCUCCCUGGUGCUCUGUGGCCGGUCCAUUCUCAGAGGCGUGCUUCUGCAAAAUGAGUUUGUGCAGUUCUUCAAACACAGGUUAAGGCGUAAGGUGUGCUGGGGGGACAGGAUGGAGUUCAUUAAUGGAUGGUACAUCCUACUCAUCGUCAGUGAUGUGUUUACCAUUAUUGGGAGCUUCAUCAAGAUUGGUAUUGAGUCCAAGGGCAAUUCAUUCUACGACCUGUGUGGAAUUUUACUUGGCACAUCAACUCUGCUGGUGUGGGUCGGUGUCAUUCGAUACCUCAGCUUCUUCCAGAAAUACAACAUUCUCAUUGUGACGCUGCGGGCUGCGUUCCCCAAUGUGAUUCGCUUCUGUUGCUGUGCUGCGGCCAUCUACAUGGGCUACUGCUUCUGUGGCUGGAUAGUGCUCGGACCAUACCAUGCCAAGUUUCGGUCACUGUCCAUGGUGUCGGAAUGCCUGUUCUCCCUGAUCAACGGGGAUGACAUGUUCGCCACAUUCUCGGAGCUGGAGCACAGCAGCACCCUGGUGUGGGUCUUCAGCCAGGUCUACCUGUACACCUUCAUCUCACUCUUCAUCUACAUGGUGCUGUCGCUGUUCAUCGCCCUCAUCACCGGAGCCUACGACAGCAUCAUGCAACAAACCCAAACCCAGGAUCCAUCACACGUCACAGAACUGCAUGCCUUCAUAGCACAGUGCACUGACACACCCUGCUCUGGGAAUUUCCGUGGAUCGGAGCCCAAAUCCUGCUCUCUUUUCUGCUGCUUUGACUAGUGAGGGACCACUGUGUGUGUGGAGAUCUGUCUGUCUAUCUGUAGGUCUUAGUGUAUGCCUUUGUUUGUUAGUAGUAUUUAUGUGUAGCCUGUAAUUGGUAUGGUAACACAAAGGGAAGGAAAGGAUCAUGUUUGUCAUUAGACAACAGCCGUUUCUGCAUGACCUUCCUCGUGAGGAACUCACAUCAUGGGGUGUUCACUCACCCUGAGCACACAUACAGCUAACAUGUGUAUAUACAAUGUAAUAUUUCUGUGAUAUACUGUUAUGAGUUUUUUCUUACCACUUAAUAAGCACCACUGAUGCGUGAUGUGCCUAUGAAGAGUUUGGUUCCAAAACGCUAUAUCUCCAUUUUUAAAAACAUUAAAAAGUCAUGUCAACUAAUUGUGUAUU